AACGAUUAGAUAUGUCACCUUCACAUCGGCCAGGCUGGCACGCAGAUGGGUAAUGCGGCCUGGGAACUUUAUCUCCUCGAGCACGGCCUAACGGCCGAUGGUCAUGUCAAUCCCGAUAUCACUACGGACAUCCACCGGAACGACUCCUAUGUGACAAUUUUCACCGAACUUGGCAAUGGCAAAUUCGUUCCUCGCUCCAUCUUUGUCGACCUCGACCCUUCGCCUAUCGACGAGAUACGCACUGGUACCUACCGCCACCUGUUCCACCCUGAGCAGCUAAUAAGCGGGAAGGAGGAUGCCGCCAACAACUAUGCUCGUGGUCACUACACCGUCGGCAAGACGCUUGUUCGAGGCGUUGUUGACCGCAUUCGCCAUAGCUGCUCUUCACUUCAAGGUUUUAUGAUCUUCCACGCCUUUGGCGGCGGUACCGGCUCCGGUUUCGGCGCACUUUUACUUGAGCAUCUCUCUUCAGAAUAUGGCAAGAUGUCGAAGCUAGAGUUUGCCGUCUACCCAUCUCCUCGCACGUCGACUGCCGUGGUGGAACCUUACAAUGCCGUCCUAUCCACGCAUAGUACCAUUGAGAACUCGGAGUGCACUUUCCUUAUGGACAAUGAAGCUGUUUACGAUAUCUGUAAGCGCAAGCUUGACAUCCCCCGCCCUGGUUAUAAUAACCUCAACCGUCUCAACGCCCGGGUCGUUAGCUCUCUUACCACCAGCCUGCGUUUCAAUGGUGACCUUAACAUUGACUUGAAUGAGUUCCAGACUAAUCUUGUGCCAUUCCCGCGUAUUCACUACCCUCUAAUCUUGUAUGCUCCUGUUAUCUCUAGUAGCUGCAGUACUUACAAGAGCUUCAAGGUCAAGGAUCUUACCUUGCAGUGCUUUGAACCUAGGAACCAGAUAGUCAUCUGCAAUCCUCAAACUAGAAAGUAUAUAGCAGUAGCUCUCUUGUACCAGGGUGAUGUAAUGCCUCAUAAUUGCGCCCGGGCUAUUACUGAUAUCAAGGCCAAGGCCUCUUUUAACCUGGUCAAGUGGUGUCCAACUGGUUUUAAACUUGGCAUUAACAACCAGAAGCCUAUGUUUGUUCCUAACAGCAAGCUUGCUUCUAUUAACUGUUUAGUCACCAUGCUCUCUAAUUUGACCGCCAUUGCUGAGGCCUGGAGUCGCCUUGGCCACAAAUUCAACCUUAUAUACUCUAAACAUGCUUUCAUUUAUUAGUACGUGGGUGAGGGUAUGGAAGAGGGCGAAUUCUCGGAGGCCCGCAAGAACCUAGCAGUUCUAGAGAAGGACUACGAGGAGAUCACCGGCGAUACUGUGGGCUUGGAUGGCUAUGUAGAACAUGAGUAU